CUCUACCCGAAAUAGGCGGGCCCGGGUUUCAGGUUUGCAGCUGGAAGCUGAGCCAGUGGCUUUAAGAGAGUGGAGGUGCAGAAGCUACGGCUGUUGCAGCUGCCGCAGCAGCGGUGACCACAGAUACUCUCCCAGCCCCCAAGCAAAUAAAUGCAAACUCGUUUCCGCUGUGUGGUAGAGAACAGAUAAAGUCCUAGCUGGCUGCUUCGGCCUCGGCAGCCAUCCCAAGCAGGCAAAAGACUCUCAGGUGAAAUCAUUGAAUGAAUCUCCUUCCACCCUUCUCACGAGUUUCCUUAAAGAUUCUCGGAUUCCUCUUUUUCCCUAUCCUAGACGUAUUUUUCAGGGGCUGCACUAGGUGGGUAAAGCAGGUGAGCCCGAAAGGGUAGUGGCGGAUAGUGUUCUUUUCCUGGGAAAAGCCGGGGCGCCUGCGAUCUUGCUCCUGUUGCUGGAAUCGCGAUGGAAAGAGGACCUGUCUUGCGUCUGGACUUUCUCCUGCUCAUCCUUUUGGUCCUUUCUCCCGGUGCGAGAGGCGACGAUUUGCAAAGCUGCGAAGAAGUUCGGAAACUUUUCCAGUUGCGGCAUCUGGGACUUGUCAAAGGAUUGCCGGAAACCCCUCGGGCAGGUCCCGAUCUUCAGGUUUGCACAUCCAAAAAUCCUACUUGCUGCACUAAAAAGAUGGAAGAGAGAUAUCAAAUUGCAGCCCGGCAGGAUAUACAGCAAGUCCUUCAGACCUCAAGUUCUACAUUAAAAUUCCUAAUAUCUCGCAAUGCAGCUGCUUUUCAAGGCAAGUAUUUCUUGGAUUCUAAACUUAGCACAUCAUCUUUUGGGCAUAGAAAGAGGCUGGAAAAUACCUUUGGAAGUAUAUACUACUAAUAAUAUGUAUUUUGAGUAAUAAAUUGGCCUUUAUGUUCAUUAUAGGAUUUUUGUCCAUCCUUGGUUUGGAAUUUGUGUGCUUUCUGAAUUUGAUAUGGUUUGAAUUAAAUUGGAGUUGAAUGAUCUGAUCUUAUAUUGUCUCCCCAACCAGAAUCCAGUGAUUUAAGCAACCUUGGAAAACAUUUCAGCUCUUGGGUUUCCUCAGGUUAUUGGAUUUUUUCUCUGACUUACAGAAACCUUAAAAGUAUCUGCCUAGUGUAAUGCAGAAACAAACUCUUCUUCCCAGAGAUGCAUUUGACCAUCCCACAACCAUGCUUAGUCUCACAGGACAAUAUUAUAUUAGAUAUAGGUUAUAAAUCUUCAAAGGUAGGAAACAUUGCAGAUUCACAUUUGUGUUUUCCACAGCAUCUUACGCUUGAUCUUGUACACAGUAGGUGUUCAGUAUGCAUAUUGCAUGAAUGAAUGAUUUAAAGUUUGACUUAUUCCAGGCUUGCAUCCCCAGGGUGCUGUGCUUGUGCAGCCAUUCCUAACAGAACAAUAAUUUUUCUUUUAGUAUUUACUAGAAGGAAAGCUGUCAAACUAUGCCUUUACCUCAGGAGGGCUACAAUAAUAUUUUAUCAUCAGAACCAAUAUUUUUGGCUUAGUGAUUACAUAUUUAAAAAUGCAACUAGACAAAAACAUUUGCCUAAUGUUUUUGCUUUAUUCUGAUGUUAUUUUCAAAUAAGAGUGUUAGAAUGUCUGCAUAAUAAUUUGUUGGAAUAUGUGAAUGUUUGAUGAUUGCCACUGAUGGGAAGGGAGAUAGAUUAAAUGCUUUGGGAUUAAGCUGAAAGGCAGAACUCCUACCAUUGCUGGUUUCUUUAUUUGACUCCCUUGGUUCUAAUGAUAUAUUAAAAUAGAAAAAUUAAUGUGUUAUAAAAUUAUAUGACAGUAAAAGAGAUAAUGUUUCUUAUUUCAGUAAUCUCUUCUAUAAAAUUUCAUAUUACUGUAAUAAAAAUAAUUGACUAAUUUAUUUUUGUUUUUACAAAACAUUAGUUAUUCUAUGGACCUCAGGCAUGUAAAUAUAGAUUGUAUAGCACUUUAUAUAAAAUUAUUGUGUGUUAUGAGUAUCAACAAUAUUUUUUUGAAUGAGCAUAUUAAUGUUAAUCAGUUUAAACAAUUUGUGGUUUGUUUAUAUCUAUGACUAAUUCACAAAACUGAUUAAAAAUUUAAUUUUAAAAUAGUCAUAUUUCAUAAGGAAUGAGUAGUAUAAUUUUGGAGUAAUGUUGAAGUUGAAAGAAAAUGAAGUUAAUGAUAAAUUACUAAACAUUAAAGUGGAAAUCUUUUGAAAUGUCAAAUUUUUAAAAAUGUUAUACAUUUAGUGUUUUUAUUGAAAGACAAAAUGAAUAGUGCUAUAUUUAUAAUGGACUUUUAUUUUAAAUUGUUGGGUAAAAGACAUUUCUAGAUAUAUCAUUAACCAAGAAUUGUGAUUUGAACCAGAGGUAUUAUGUAUUAUGUGAUAAAAAUAAAUUUUAAAGUAUUUCAAGAAAA